GCGACAUGAGAAAAUCCGGACCUCGCAAUCGCACCAAGUUCGUGAUGGGUUCCAAAUCGAGACAUCGGUCUCGCUCUCGGUCCAGAAAUCGGAGCCGUGAGCGACAGAAGAAGUCCAAAGUUAGCAGAUCCAGAUCUCCAGAGGACAGGGGCGCUCACAGCCGGUCUGCAGACACGAAAAGACCCGCGCGGGGACGAGGACGCUCGGGCAGCAGGGACUCCAGCGAUGGCUCCCCUGGCCUCCGCCGUAGGCCUGGCCGGAGAGACCGUUCAGGUUCUCGCAGCGGUUCGGAGAGGCGAGGACCACAUCGGGCUGGGAGCCGGUCGAAGAGCCGCUCGUCAAGGUAAACACAAGCAGAAUCAGCUGUUGACUCCUUUAUCCAGACCCGGGCUCAUGUACCCGCUGUGUUUCUGUUUAAGUGUAAAGAUUUGGUGAUUUUGCUAAGUUUGGGUCUUUAAAGGGAUAUUCCGGCGUAAAAUUAAUUUAGGGUCAAACACACCGUAACACCGAGUUAGACACCCCCUCGAGAGAUUAAUGAUGCCGACCACUUGCUUCUCUAGUUUUACCAACUUUCGUAACGACCGCACGAUAGCAAUACACAGCGGUCUGAGGAGCCAUAAAUAAUCCUCAACCAAAACGCCACUCUAUAGCCACAAAUAACGCUCAGAAGGGCACCUAACUUCAUCAACAGUACAUAUAGGGUCCAAGCCAUAGCACUAGCCACCAAACAUCUUUUUCACUUUGCCUAAUUUCUUUAGCAAAGAGACUAAACACAACUCAUCCACUCUCUUCCAGCAGCCGCUUGUUUGUAGAGACAUCGACCAUUCCAUUUCGGACUACAGCAGGUAGACGCAGCUCAAGGAGGAACAUUUUUCGAUCAUUUCUUAAUCAUUUUCUUUAAGUAAUUAUCAACAUAUUAAUUAUUUUACACUAGAGACGCAGUAGUUCUUCUGCCUUAGUGUCUCGGUCUGAUUGCAUUUCCAGUUCCAAUUUUUAUAUGUUAAUAUGUUGUUCCAUGUUCUACCUUGAGCUGCCUCAUCCUGCAGCAGUCAUGCUGCCCUAGGGUUUUGAGGUUUAUUGCUAUCCUGCGGUUGUCACUAAAGUGCGUAUAACUAGAGAAGCAAGCAGUCGGCAAUAUUCAUUUCUUGAAGGGGUGUCUAACUCAGUGUUACAGUGUGUUUGACCUUAAAUUGAUUUUACGCCAGAAUAUUCCUUUAAUACUGUCCGGUAGGGUGGUCACCACAGGCUUAUCUCAAACUUAGGAGGGUUUAUCUUCAUCAAUCACACCUAAAGUAUAAGAAACUAUAAAUGAUUCAUUUUAUAUAAUAUUUUAUAUGAAAAAGUAUUCCUGUCACAUUGCUGAUGGUCACAUUUCUUUAGGUCUUAAAAAAGCAUUGAUGUGCAUUUUUCAACUGUUUUUUAUCUCAAAGUGUCUUUAGGACUCAAAUACAUCAGUCAGUCCGAAGUCAUCAUGUGCCAAAAAAGAAAUGCAAAGAAGCUACUUGCAGUCUGUUAAACACAGCAUAAGAAGUUGGUUUCAACACAGGUGUGGCCUCUGAUAACACUUAAAUUAACAAGUUAUCUGAUUUUCGUCUGUGGCACCAAAAUGCUGCUUUGAGUUUUUUUUUUUUUUUUUUACCCAGAUUUAUGAUUUGUAAUAAUUCUAGUAAUUCUGGCAUUGGAAAAGUUAAGAACUAAUUAUUGUUUUAGAUUCUAUUACAUGAGGUUUGACAAACAAGUUAACAAUGUUGUUAGGGUUAGUUUCUUUUAACUACGUCUCCUGGCCAAGGUCAAAAUGUUUUUAAGCUGUCACGACCUUGAGAUAGCCAUCCAUGCUCCAAUCAGCUUAAGAUUAGACUUUUGUAAUGCACUUCACGUUGACAUCUCCCAGUCAUCUCGUAGUCACCUUCAACUUGUCCAAAAUGCUGCUGUCCGUUUUUUAACUGACACUAACAGACGUGAGCACAUCACUCCUGUCCUUAGCUCCCUUCAUUGGCUUCCCGUCUCUUAUAGGAUUGAUUUUGAACUUUUAAUGUUUGUUUUUAAAGCUUUUAGUGGCAUUGCCCCCAUCAAUUUAACUGAGCUUUAGACAGUUCGGGAGCUGGGUAGAGCUCUGAGGUCAUCAAAUAAACUUCUGCUGGAGGUGCCCAGGUCAAAACACAAGCACUGGGGUGACUGAGCCUUUUCAGUUGCUGGUCCCAGGCUCUGGAAUAAGCUCCUCACCGAAAUGAGACUUAUUUCCGACCUGGGCCUUUUUAAAUCUUGAUUGAAAACAUACUUAUUUAUGCGUUUUUUUAAUACCCAGUAACGUGGUGACACUUUAUGUCAUUGCAUUGUAUUUUAUUCUUUUUUAAAAUUGUUUUUAUUGCUUUUUAUUGGUUUUAUUUAUUCAUUUUUUAUUUUCUAUUGUAAAGCACUUUAGUUCACCGAAAGGGUUGUUGUAAAGGGCUGUAUAAAUAAAGAACAUUUACAUUUACAUUUACAUUGAUGGCUGUCCAAAAGCAAAAAUGUGCUGAGGUUUGUCUUUUCUCUGUCUUAGCUCUGAUUCUGACGACCGCAAAGUGCAGAGGAUGAGACAUAAACAGGAGAAGCAACAAGGGCCCUCCCGAGAGAGGAGAAGGGCAGGAUCCAACUCCAGUGACAGAAGCAGUGACGGGGAAAGGAGGAGACGAGAGACCCCUGUCAGAGACAGGCAGAAGAGGGACAGGGAGAAAGAAAGAUGGAGGAGUGACAGCAGAGACAGGGAAAGAAAAACAGAAAGAGACAAAAGUAGAGAGCGGAGGAAGAGAAGUGAGGACAGGGAGCGAGGGAGGAGCGUGAGAAGUAGAGAGAGGACAGACAAAGACAGGGGGAGACAGCGCUCUGCUUCACCUGAUUCAUCUGACAGCUCUGGGUCUGAACAUGGGGAACAUGCAUCCAAAGAGAAAGAGGAAAAAAAAAAACAGAGGGAGAUGUUGAAAGCUCUGGAGACACCAGAGGAGAAGAGGGCUAGGAGGCUGGCAAAGAAAGAAGCAAAGGAGAAGAAAAGGAGGGAAAAGAUGGGCUGGAGUGAGGAGUACAUGGGAUACACCAACGCAGAUAAUCCCUUCGGUGACAACAACUUAUUAGGCACAUUCAAAUGGCAGAAGGUGAGUUUAAUAUCUCUUUUGUAGAAUUUUAAGUGAUUUUUGAAGGUUUUAAGGCAAACUUUGUUGUGAGAAUUGUAAUUAUCAAGCUUUCUCUUUUCUGUGUGUAUUUUAUUAGGCACUGGAUAUGAAAGGCAUCGGCCAUCUUGGGGAAAAAGACCUUAAAGAAAGGAACAAACGUAUUCAGGAGGAGAACCGCAGAGAGCUACAGAAGGUAUGAGUUUUGAGAAGUGUUAUUUGUAGUUAUGCUGUUGUGUUGCCACAGAGUGAUGACUUACAACCCCUGAUGUUUUCUUGGAAUGUAAAGGUAAAACAGCUGCGUCUGGAGAGGGAGCGAGAAAAGGCCAUGAGAGAAACUGAGUUGGAAAUGCUGCAGAGGGAGAAGGAGGCAGAGCAUUUUAAGACCUGGGCUGAGCAGGAGGACAAUUUCCAUCUGCACCAGGCCAAACUCAGGUAAGAGUGCCUCAAUAAUCAAUACAUUUCACUUAAGUAAGUUUGUGAAUGAGUGCAGUGAAGAUCCUGACCCACAACAGUUUCUUCAAAAGUUUUUUAUAACUCUUGACAAUAAUGUGAGUAUUUUGUGCACAGGUCUAAGAUCAGAAUCAGAGAUGGCCGUGCCAAACCUAUUGACCUCUUGGCGAAGUACAUCAGUGCAGAAGAUGACGACCUUGCUGUGGAGAUGCACGAGCCAUACACCUUUCUCAACGGGCUCACUGUCACCGACAUGGAUGAUCUGCUGGAGGACAUUAAGGUGUGCAGUUACGUUCUACUAGCGUGUAAAUAUUAUGUAACCAGUUUAGAGUUGCAUGGAUCCCAUAGAUAGGAUUUUGCAGCUGGUGGGUAGUAAUGCAAUUGCAAGUGUAACUAAAACUUCAUGAUUGUUCAAACUCAAUCUUGGAUCAACUUUAUUCAGAUACAAACUUGAACCUUUAAAUCAGUGGUUCUCAAGUCCAGUCCUCAAGCCCCCCCCUGUCCUGCAUGUUUUGGAUGUUUCCCUGCUCCAACACACCUGAUUCAAAUGAUUAGCUUGUUAUUAAGACAUUACAGAGCUUGAUAACGAGCUGAUCAAUCAGGUGUGUUGAAGCAGGGAAACAUCCAAAACAUGCAGGACAGUGGGCCUUGAGGACUGGACUUGAGAACCACUGCUUUAAAUGAUCAGCAAAUACAAAUUACAUAGAACCUCACCAUCCAAACUAUAACCCUAACUGAAAAAUAAGCAGGAUGCUGUGUAAAAUAUAUACAAAAAAGAAUUUUUAGGUUUACAAAAAGUUUAAACCCUGUAUUCAAUUGAAAGAAGUGCAAAUACCACAUAUCAGAUGUUGAAACUGAAAUGUUUCAUUAUUUGAUUAUAAGAAUACGAUCAAUUUAAAUGUGAUGUCAGCAACAUGUUUCAUAAAAGUUUGGCCGGGGCAUGUUCUCGGUGGGGUUUCACUCCAUAAACAUUUGGGAAUCAGAGAGAUCAAUUUAUGGAGUUUCGAAAGUAAAAUGUUGCCCCAUUCUCACCUGAUAGUGUCUUUAUAACUGGAACGUCUGAAAAGCUGGUUGUCCCUCUCCUCUUUAGAGCGACAGCCAUGAUUUCAAGAAAGAAUGUCAGACUUUGAUUCGCCAAACUACAGGACAGUGUUCCACUUUAUCUCAGUCCACGCAUCUUGCAGUGACAGGUUAUGUUCAUAGUCAUGUCUAUUUUCAAGCAGUGCCCCUAGGAACCCUAAGGUCACAGGGAGCCAGUACUGAGUCAGUAUUCCAGUUCUCUGUCUUUUCUAAAUUUAAGGUUAGGGUUUUUAUGCCUUCAUAUUUAGAGGGUAGGAUAAUGGAAAGAGUAGGAGAAAGAGAGUACAGUGACAUGAAGGAGAGAGGCUCCAGGCUGGAAUGGAAUCUGGGCCGCCUGCUUGAGGACCAUAACCUCUGUACAUGGUCUGACUUAUGAACUUUGGACAGGCAGAACUGAAAUGGAACCCUCAACCUUCCACUGAGAGAUGACUGACUCAACCACUGAGCCACAUCUGACCCCCUGAACUAUUUGACUGUUUGAUCCGAGCGGUGAACUUCUCCCUGUUACCUCUUAUAUGCACUGCCAUAUUAGAAUUAACCUUAUUGGUCAGGACCUUAACGUGGAAAUAUACAUACCAACUUUUCAAUACAGUUUAUUUGUGGUUAAAGAAUAUGUCAAAUUAUUAAAAUGUUCAGGUUCUCAUUUGUAGAUCUUUUGAAGAGAUUUGUCUACUGUUGGAUUGGUCUACGCUUGUCAUAUCAUUACCUGCCAAUGAGGGGCGCCAAACUGUUAAAAACAACAUCUUAUUUUCACUUGGACUUAUUUACUUGUGAAUGAAAUCUGAAAAAAAGAGCAAUGCCUCCAUUUUAAACGGAAACUCAAGUUUGAAAUUGAUUUUAAGUGUUAUUGUCAUGAAGAUAUACAAACCCUGCAUGUGGUUUACUGCAUGAGUGUUGUUCUUUUGUAGGUGUACAUGGAGCUGGAGCAAGGGAAGAACGUGGACUUCUGGCGAGACAUGACAACCAUCACUGAGGACGAGAUCAGCAAAUUGAGAAAGCUGGAGGCCUCUGGAAAAGGACCAGGUACUAAACCCCGUUUUUCCCAUCUUUGCAAAUCUUCCCUUAUAUGUGCACCACGAAGCAGUGCUGAACCAGAUUUGUUUUCUUUACUUUCAAUGUAACCUUCAGGUGAUCGUCGGGAGGGCAUCAACACAGCUGUGAGCACUGAUGUACAGAUGGUGUUCAAAGGAAAGACGUACAGCCAGCUGCAGGCGCUGCACCUGAACAUUGAGUCUAAGAUUCGGGCUGGAGGAUCCAAUCUGGAUAUUGGUUACUGGGAGAGUCUGCUGCAGCAAGUCAGAGUCUACAUGGCCAGAGCAAGGUACUUGUUGAAACUCCUCUUGAGCUUUUCUGACUUUAAAUCAAACCUAAAUGUUCUUUAGCAGGAUUGUAAAUGAAAACUUGAUGUUGCAGGUUGAGAGAGCGACACCAGGAUGUUCUGCGUCAGAAGCUGUUCAAACUGAAACAAGAACAAGGAGUGGAGAGUGAGCCGUUGUUCCCCAUCAUCAAAGAGGAGCCGAGCAGCGAAGAAGAGUAGGUUAACCUCGAGCUUCACACAGUAUACGCAUCCUGGGAUCUGUAGCUUAGCAAUCCGGGGUUAAAGUUUCACUUCACAUUUACCUGAUUCUCACCUGCUUCUUUUUUUAAGCAUGUGUUAACACUUGAAAAAUCUUGUGAAAUACUAAGGACAGAACCUCUUCUUAACUAUAGAAACUUUAAACUCAUUUUUUUUUGUAACUCCAGGGAGAGAGAAGAUCAGAUAAGGGCAACAGAAGAGACCAGCCAGCCUUCAUCCUCUCCCCCCAGUCACAGAGAAAGGGGGACCAGAGAGGAUGAGGAGGAGGAAGAGGAGGCUGGUCCAUCAACAUCCACAGCAAACCAAGAUGAAGAGCAGAAUGACAAGGAUGACAAGAAGGAUGAAGAGAAGGGAGAAGUGGUGGAAGCCGUGCUGACAGAGGAGGACCUGAUCCAGCAAAGCCAGGCGGAGUACGACUCUGGCCGCUACAGUCCCACACUUCUCAUGCAGUCCGAACUUCCACUGGACACACACACCAUCACACCAGAAGAAGACACACACAGGCUGCAGUUGGCACGCAGACAGCUCCAAGUCACAGGUACUGGAAAAACACACAGACAAACAAACACACACAGUUUAAAUGUGAAAAUGGCAGAGUCACAAAAUAGUCACCAGAUGGCACCAGAAAAUUUUGCCAAUAGAAAUAUCACAACCUAGAAUAAACAGUAAACAACAACAGCAGCCAACUGUUGAACUAUCUGCUUUUUUUGUUGGAGAUAUUGAUCAAUCUGAGGUGGAGAAAAAGAAAAAGUUGAUUUUCAAACAUGUUCCCUCCGAUUUUGUAACAGGUGAUGCCAAUGAGAGCGCUGAAGAUGCUUUUGUGCGUCGUGCCAGAGAGGGAAUGGGCAACGACGAGGCCCAGUUCAGCGUGGAGUUCCCUGUCACGGGUAAAAUGUACCUGUGGGCCGACAAAUACCGUCCGAGGAAACCCCGCUUCUUCAACAGGGUCCACACUGGCUUCGAGUGGAACAAAUACAACCAAACGCAUUAUGACUUCGACAACCCGCCACCCAAAAUCGUCCAGGGUUACAAGUUCAACAUCUUCUACCCAGACCUGAUUGACAAACGCUCCACCCCGCAGUACUUCCUCGAGCCCAGUCCUGACAACAAGGACUUUGGGAUUUUGAGGUUCCAUGCUGGUCCUCCAUAUGAGGAUAUUGCUUUUAAGAUUGUAAACAGGGAGUGGGAGUACUCACACAGACACGGUUUCCGCUGUCAGUUCGCCAAUGGAAUCUUCCAGUUAUGGUUCCACUUCAAGAGAUACCGCUACAGAAGAUAGAGGCCGCAUACUGGACGGACCAAAAGCCAGUCGCUGGAUUUGAACCAGUACUAUACAGGCUGUGCAGUCAGUAUACUUUGUUGUUCUGUUUUACAUUCACUCAAAAAGGCGGUUUCUAAAUCCUUCAAUGUUGUUGUGUGGAAAAUUUAACUGUAAUGUAGCCUGAAAAUGUCAAAUUAAAGAUUUUUUUUUACACUCAGAAA